AAACCAAACCUGUGACAGCCCUCAACUGUGCGACCCAAAGGCGAAUGCGAUUACCAGGGAAAUACGCUUUUAAAUGCCGUAUUUCUCAAGUAACCACCUUUCUUGAGGACUAAUACUCCGGGUUGCGUCCGAGCUGUCUAUUUGACUUUAUAUGCAUCUGUGUGAAGCCUGUGUAAAAGCCACCACAAGCUCUUGUGUUAGCUCGCUUGCUAGUCAGCCUUUGUUCCACAUCCAGACCAGUGUGGCCAUCCUUUAGGAUUCAGCCUUCAGCUCCUGCAUGCCAACUUCGUAUAUAAUUAUUCUCGCAAAUGAAACUCGUUGUAUCGUUGGCGCCGUUGUACGUGGACUUUGUUUUGGGAGAAAUCUAGCUUGCGUAUGAAUUGCGUCUUGGCUCGGUCUUGCACAGGUUGCGAUGGAGCAAUGCGCGGCUCCGCAGCUCGAGGGCUCAAGCACACGGGCUUCACCUCCAGACCCAGUGACGUGUCCUGAGAGCCCAGCGGGAAGCACUGGAGGGCACGCCGGGGAGACCGUCAAGGAUGCGUACGAGUGUCGGAUUUGUGGUUAUAAAGCGCUAGACGUUAAAUGCCUCAGUCAACAUCUGCACGCCGCUCAUCCAGUCACGAGCCUUUCGGACUCGAUCUCGGUAAGGAUUGAAGAAGAUACACCAGAACAGGCGCGUGGCAAAGGUGUGCAUGAUGGGGAGACACCUUGCUUAAAUGGUGAACUAAACUCACGACUGGAAAAGAGCCCUGUCAAGGAUAGACCAAUCACCCAUGACGAAUCUGAAUCUGCUUCACUUCAGAACCCUGAAGAUUCAAAUGAGACCUUAUCUUCCAUGGAGGCCCAAGAAGAAGAAGAGAGGAUGGAAUUCUCGCCUGCCCCCAAAGCCACUGAGAGCUUAACGCCUGUAUUACCUCAGGAGAAGUUCCCUUGCUCUUCAAUGUCUAAGCAGGCUUGCCAAAAGAGGCAAAAUGCCUCCUCUUGCACAUCGACCCACAACAAAACUAACCUGGUCUGUCUCCCAUUGGUAUCAGAUGGAUUAAAACUUAUUUGGGUGCGCUCUGAGCAGAUCCAUGAGCUGGAUGCUGUGUCAGAACUUGUGGAAGCAUUUAACGAAUUCCCAUACCCUACGCCACAGGAGGCAAGUGCUCUAGCUCGAAGAUGUGCAUUACCACCAGAGCGGGUUAAAGCAUGGUUCAUGAUGCAACGGGUACGCUACGGAAUCAGCUGGGGUGACGACGAUAUCCAGGAAACACGACGCAAGCUGUGGUGCAUUCAGAAGAGAAAGGUAGUAGAGGAAUGUGUGGAACUAAACGAUGAGGAGGAUGAGCUGCAGGAUAUUUCAGGAAAUGAGAGGAACCUAGACAGACAGCAGCAGGCAGAUAAACCGCCACCCGUAGCCGAGGCCCAUAUUUAUCAGAGAGACCACACCCCCAAACCCAGCCACACUGUUCCUCAGCACAGCACCAGUGACCAGCACCGCUUUGAUGUUAGUCAGUACAAUAAAACUGCCCAAUCCAACAAUGGUGUUCAGCAGUUGUUCAAUUCUAAUGUUGUGUACAAUAAUGGUGUUCAGCUCUCAUCCCAAGUUCCACAAUUUAUUACUCAGUUCCAGACUAACAGUAGAAACUUAACCCCUCAUAAUACUGGAGUCCAACUCAUUGAUGCCCAUGGACAAUCACAAUACAUGAUUAUGAAUAACCAACACUCGGCAGCUCCGUACCAUUCAGGACCACACCAACUUUCUGAGCUUUCAAAGUCUUUGCACAGCCUUCCGGGGAAGAAAUCUAAAGCUCAGCUGAUGACCCUGCGCCGCAGUUUUGUUCGGAAGUCAUGGCCCACUGACGCAGAAGUCGAACGCCUUCAGGGAGCGACCGGACUGAAUCGCCGUGAAAUUCGGAAAUGGUUUGCCGAUAGCCGCUAUCAGCUUCGCAGGAAUGGCCGGGCUUGGAUAGCCAAGCUUGCAAAGCUGAAUCGGUCAUUUCAACAAACUCAACAGAACUCUCAGAGCGAGCUGCAGAAUGAUGUUUUACCUAGUGGGAGUUUCUAUAGCAACAGUGAGGUUGCAAACACUGAGGUGGGCUUUGAGGUUGAUGUGGGUGAUGAUGACGAAGAGGGGGCAGACAACCAAUCGGUUGAGACCAGAGAAGAAGUAAGUGAUGAAGGCGAGUUCGAUGAUGGCAAUGCUUCCAUUCAACAAAACCCUGCAGACCGCUCCCCCUCUCCUUCCGCUCCUUCUCCAUCAUCAUUCACGCAUGGCCGGGUAGAAUCCAGUGUGCGACUUCGUAAAAAGACAAGGGAACAGUUGGAAAUUUUGAGACAAAGCUUCCUUCGCUGCCAGUGGCCCACAAGUGAUGACUACAUGAUUCUGCAGCAGAAGACGGGCCUUACGCGGACAGAGAUUAUCCAGUGGUACGGAGACACUCGUUACCACAUCAAACACAAUCAGAUGCGCUGGAUGACUUCACAGGAGAGACAACGCAUCAUAGAAGUCAUAACCCAACAGCAGAAAAGGGGCGGGAAGUAUUCACGUGCCAGGGUCUUGAUGGAGGGCAUGGGCUCCGGGUUGAGUUUGGGGGAUUCUUCUUUAAUUAAUGGAGGUGGAGGAGGCGAAACAGCAACAUGGGAUGACCUCUUUAGGGGAAGUACCCCAGUUCUGCCCUAG